AGAGGUAAAGAAAUUAUGUUGUCUGACACAGGUAAAGAAAUUAUGUUCAUUGCCUAUUUUCAAAAAAAAAAAAGAAAAGUAAAGAAAUUAUGAUGUCUGACGCAUAGACAGCGGUAUCUGAUUCAUUGUACCAUAAAAUCCUUCAAAUCCCAAACCAAAGCAGCCAAUGGAAACGAAGUCUCAUUUUCUAAGUAUUUGUUUUUGAUAAUCCCCAUUUUUUUUUUCUCUCUUUCUUUUUUUUUUGGUACAACAUUUUCUCUGUUUUGAUGAUGCGUCGCGCUUCCGCAAAGAAAACGGGUCAACCCAAUCCCAUUCCUUUUUCGCACACGGAUCUCUUUCGCUCAGGUUAAUUUCAUUUCAUUCUGCUUCUUCUUCCUUGUUUCAUGAUUUUUUUUUUUGGUGAAAUCCUUGUUUCAUGGUUGCCUUCCUCUUGAUUAUCAUCUAGACUCGAUGAUAUUAAAAAAAUUCAGCUAAUUCAAGUAGUGCUAUUUGAUAGCUGUUUAUUUAUGAUUUAUUUAACUUUGAUUUUAAGAUACUGCCAGAAUUGCGUAUAACUACAAUCAUUACUGGAAGUGAAUAGCAUUUAUUUAGCGCAAAAGUGGUUCUUGUGUGCACAAUCGGUGCCUGUAGACCUAUUUUUUCGUUGAAAGUUUCUUAAUUUUUUGAUGGGUUUGUUGAAUUCUGUUCAUGAUGAUUGAUGAAUUGAGCGAAUUGCACUCUACCCACUUUUUUUUUUUUUCUUUUUCUCAUUGUUUUACCAGGUGAUCUAAGUCUACUAAAUUAAAUAUUUAUUGGGAUCUGUUUUUCUUUUUCUUUUUCUUUUUUUUUUUCAGCCUCAAGUAAAGCAUCUUCAAAAGAGAUGGAACGGAUUGAUAAUCUAUUUUAUUCAUAUUGCAAUAGAUCAUCUGGUAUGAUCGACCCAGAAGGAAUUGAAACUUUGUGUUCGGAUAUGGAAGUCCAUCAUACUGAUGUUAGAAUCUUGAUGCUUGCUUGGAAAAUGAAAGCAGAAAAACAGGGCUACUUCACCCUGGAGGAGUGGCGAAGAGGCUUGAAAGCACUUAGAGCUGACACUGUGAGUAAAUUAAAAAAGGCCCUUCCAGAGCUAGAGAAAGAGGUUAGAAGACCAACAAACUUUCUGGAUUUGUAUUCCUAUUCAUUUCGAUAUUGCUUGACAGAGGAGAAACAAAAGAGCAUAGACAUAGAGAGCAUAUGUCAACUACUGGACCUUGUUUUGGGAUCCCAAUUCCGUGCACAAGUUGACUAUCUUAUUGAGUAUUUAAAGAUUCAGAGUGAUUAUAAGGUCAUAAACAUGGAUCAGUGGUUGGGCUUUUACCGGUUUUGCAAUGAGAUAAGUUUCCCGGACUUCAGCGGUUACGAUCCAGAACUUGCAUGGCCGUUGAUCCUGGACAAUUUUGUAGAAUGGAUGCGGGCAAAGCAGACCUAAAACCAUAUUAUGUUAUGUCCAACUUCAUCCUCAGCUGUAAACAACAUCUUUAAUGAAGAAGGUGCUUAUGUUACACCUUCCUGGUGUCUUCUAUCCAAAGGUUCAAGCUUUAAAAAGCAUGAGCAUUGUUUUUAGUUUCUAUAGCUUCAGAAGCACUCCAAUCCAAUCUCCAAAUUUAUUAUGAAUUUUUCCUUUGCAGGGAUAUUGAAAGUACACAAUCAUGCAUCUCUACCAAGGUUUCUUUUCUUUCUAUUUAUAAUUUUUCCAUUUCAACCAUUAUAUUUACUACCAUUAUAUCAUAUACUGUCCUAGAAUUAUUUUUAUAAUAUCUUGUAUUGUAUUGUAUUGCGUUAUGUUGACAAAAACCUGUUUAUAUCUGAUUAAGACCGCUGGGACAGCCCAGUGAUCAUCUUUGAUUUGUUUUACAAUUCAACCAUAUUUUCCCGCAA